CACUUGAUGGUGGGAGCCGCGUGAGUCAAGUUGCGAGGGGGACGCGCGACUUUGAAUCAACUCCUCUUUGGCCUUGGUUCUUGCGCGCGCGUCUCUCCCACCCCCCCGACCCCAUCCACUAAUCGUGGCGCUGUAAUUGUGCGCUUCCGCCGGUUCCAAACCACGCAGCGAGGCUGCGUAAUCCCUCCCGACAGGUCCACGAUGGACGAGGAUAACAACGUGUUGCCCGACUUGAAGGACAUAGAGACGAAAUUGGGUCGCAAAGUGCCGGAGAGUCUCAUUCGCUCUCUGGCCGGAGGAAAACACCACGAGAAGCCCGCUGCGCCGCAUUUAGGGAGCUGCAAGUUCCGUGCCAACUCUGGAGACUUGAAAAGACUGGAGAGCAAAAUGCAAUUUCUCAAACAAGAAAUGGCACAUCUGCGAGCCAUUGACGUGAAGCUGAUGCAGCAGCUUAUAUCAAUCAACGAGGGCAUCGAGUCCAUCCGCUGGAUGAUAGAAGACAAAGGAGGCGCCACAAGCCAAGACGGCAGCUUGACGGGCAGCUUGUACAGCCUAUCAGACAGCCAGGACGGUACCUCACUGCGGGGCAGCUUCAACAGCUUGAAUGACGGUAACAGCGAUGGCCUGGACAGCCUGUCUGUUGGUAGUUACCUGGACACUUUAGCGGAGGAUCUUCCUGAUGACCCAUCACCCACGGACCUUGACUGCUUUGUGGAUAAAACUGUGAUUGACAGUGAUUCUUUCAGCAAAUCACCACUGAAACUCAGGGUGGAAUCGGAUGAAUACUACUGCUUUGGAUAAUGAUGCUAAGCUUAACAUGUUGGUCACAUAGACUGUAAUGUCAUUUUUUUCUCUCUAUGGCCUACCAAAUAAUUAAUGUUAAUAUUUCCACUGAAACCAGCUUCCUAAUGUUGUGGAUUUAACACACCUCCAAAAAAACAUUGCCGCUUAAUGUCACUCCAAAUGCAAGUGAAAAUGCUGUAACUGUUCCUUUAUGUCUUAAGUAUUUUUUUUAUAUUGCACAUUAAUUAAACCAAAAAGGUGCAGAAGAACCGAAGGUUAUCCGAUGCCUCAGGAGUUUCUUUUAUUCACAACAUACUUCUCAGCCUAAAUAUUAUUGAAGAAAGGGUGAAUUAAAGCAGCAACUCCAGCAGUUUCAUUCUUUAUCUGUGGACCAUUCAACUGGUGUGUUAUUGUGUCAGGUCAACCACAACCAUCUGAUCUAAGUAAAAGAGUAGAUUAGGAUUUAGCAGCCAUUUGGAAAAUUGGACAUUUCAUGUGAGUGAUUUAAGAGUCUUUUCUGCUUAAAGUGGCAAAGUGGUUCAUUUAAGUUUUACAACAAGUGCAAUUUGUUUCCAUGCCAAAUUCUGAGCACCACCUACUGUAUAUGUUCAUUGUUUUGACUGAUGCAAGUUGCUAAGCUGAACCCCAACUCAGCAACUGUACAAUUUACAACAAGAAGUGGUACACACAAGAGAUUAGUUGCACAUUGAAAGCACAGAUGCUUGACUGAAAAAAACAAAAGCAAUUUAAUCGUCUGAUUGAUAAUUUGGGCCUGAGGCGAAACCCUGUUAACACCAGAUGGUAGAUUUGCUGAUGGUGGACAUAAGUGAAACACAUGUUUGCCUCGUUGGCACAAUUUAAUUCUCUGUUGUCCAAAAAGUUUAAUGAGAGCUGUACAGUGCUGCAAUGUGUUGUUUUAGUUUUAAACUCCUGAUGUUGAUUUGUUUGACGUUUGUAUUUUAUGCUCCGUGCAUUUGAAAUGGCUUUAUUGACUGCUGAUAAUUUUGUUGUCAGAAAUGAAAUAAUAAUAUAUUGUAACUUUCCUCUUGGUUCACAUUGUGUUAC